AUAUAUAUAUCUAUAUCUAUAUCUAUAUCUACACACACACAUGUAUAUAUAUAUAUGUACGUGCUUAGCUACAUUAUUUACUCUUUUAUACGAAAUUGAACAUUUCUGUAAAGAAAGACAACGUUUUGAAGAAUGAGCACACAAAGCGAGGAAGAUAUGGAUAUAAAUGAACUUAUUUCUAAGGAAGAUAUGGAAUGCGCAUUUUGUAAAUGUCUUUGGAUUGGGAAUAGUCCGAGGUGUUUACCUUGUAAAACGGUAAUUCAUAUUUUUUGUUCAGAGUGUCUAGAGAAGUGGGCUGGGUCUAAGGCAUUUGAAAAUGGAGGCUUUUUCUCUUGUCCAAUAUGUCAACAUCGAUACAAAUGGACAAGAGAUGGUGUAAAUGCUUUUCCACGUUUGGGUAUAUUUCAUAAUUUCCUUGAAAAGAAAUACCAUAGUCAAACAUUUAAGGAAUCGAAAGUUAAAUAUGUAAGAAGCGAUACGGAAAAGACACUAGUCUCUUAUUUAAAAGACAGCGGUGGCGAAAUGAAUUGUUUGAUAUCUAAAAUUAAAACAGAAGUUAUUAAUUCGAUAAUGGAGAUAAGGAAAAAAGAGAAACGACUUAUUGGUGAAAUUAAAGAGUUUUGUUCAAAUCAGGAAAACGAUAUAAAGAGUCUUUUAGAUAAUUUUGAAAAACUACAAUACAGUAUUUUGAUUUCUGAUGAAAUUAUUGAAAAUACAACAAAAUCAAAGAUGGAGUUAACAAAUCAAGCAGCUUAUCUUAUGAAUAAGAAAUUACAUUUUCAUAAAAAGCAGGAUGGUAAUCUUGGCGAAAUAUCUACUGUUGAACAUUUUCAACAAAAGAAUCCAAUAAUUAAAAUAACUGAAGAUGAACGAGUGCUUAAUGUUACUUAUUUCAAAAAUAGACUUUAUAUUAUCCUUGAGAAGAUGGCCUGUAAAUAUAAACUCAUUCUCUUUGAUAUUGAAAAUAGUAGAUCGGAAAUAUUGAAAAAGUGGAAUACUUAUAAUUCUGAAACGUAUAAAUUAGCUGCAGGAGUAAGGCUAUAUUUUCUUACUAUUGGGAAAGAUGAGAUAAAGUUUGUCAAUUCAAACUCGACGACAAGCAAUUCGUAUAGUUUUGAUGUUUUUUGCGCUAUUGAUAAAAAGAAUGAUAAAUACGGAUAUUAUCAUAAUAUGGUUGAAUAUGAUGACGGAAUUAUAAUAUGUUUAAAAUGCGAAGAUAAGAAUUCAGUAACAAAAUUAAAGGAUCCUUUUAAAGUUGAUUGGGAUUGUGUAUUACCAUCUGAUUAUGGUCUAGUCCUCGAUAUAGCUGUAAAUAAUAAUAAUAUAUUCCUUUGUACUGAUAGUUUGCGAUGCACAGUAUUGGACUUUUCUACCGGACGUAUUUUAUUCGACUGCAAUUAUCGAAUUAAUGGAUCAAUAUCACUUUCAACAAGUGAAUGUUCAACAUCAAUUUUGGCUUUGAAUAGACAAGGAGCAUUAUUUAGAGUAUUCAAUACAAUUGUAUUGGCUCAAUUAGAGGCAAAUUCAAACGGAUUAAUAUUAACAACAAAAUCCUAUAAGGAUAUCUUUGACCUUUACACAUUGUUUGCCUAUAAAGUUCAUAAUGGUAUAAUUAAUCUUAUACUAAUUCGUGAUGGUUACCUAAGUCUAAUUACAAUUAAAUAAUUAUUUAAAAUUAAAUACUAUAAAGAAAUUACUUCAACAAUUCAGUGACUAUUCUACCUAAAUGUUCGUAUUAACUAGUUAGUUAUAUGAUAUAUAUUUUAUAGCUUUAUAUAUUUAUAAUCCAAUGCCAUCCUUUCCCUUUUACAAAUUGUAUGGAGAAG